UUAAAAUAUCAUUAUAGCUGAUUGACAACUUUUCGCACGUUAGCAAGAUACGUGUAUGAUACAGAAUCAGUCACUGACCAUUUUCGUCAUCAGAAAAUAUUACAUGAAAAAAAGAUUUGACUUCUCUAUGGCAUCAAUAAAUUAAAAUAUCUUUUGGUGUAUAUCGUGUGGAAAUUUGUGUGCUCAUUUUCCCUACUUUGGUUGAUUGCUUAAGCGUAGUAUUCCCCCACACUACCCAUAAAUGGACAAGAAAGAGUAAGAAGAAGCAAGAACCACACGUACACCACAAACUAUCAUAUCCUAUAUAUAUAAGUCCGUGCGUACAUCGUGCACGAGCUCUCGUAUCAACGGCGGUGCAAAAGGUCAACGCUGUUCACUCAUCCAUCAAAUGGCGAAAAUGUCGUUUGUCGUUAACGUUUAUAACUUACCCUAAUUUUAUCUGUGAAGAUAUUGGCUGGAUAAAGGUUUAUGGUUCGUUUCCAUGUGGCGAGCCUGCCUCCACAAGGCUUCCGCUCACCUAACGUGCACAGGACGUGGCGAGGCCGACACAGCGCGUGUCACGUGCUACUUCGCUGUCUUGUUCUCAUGGCAACACCAACAGCUUCCCGCUCAGAUGCACCAGUGAAACCAAAGCUGAUUGUCUUCGAUCUCGAUUACACUCUGUGGCCAUUCUGGGUAGAUACACAUGUUGAUCCUCCAUUCACGCUAGCCAAAGAUGGCAAAGUGUAUGAUUCUCACAGGCGGCAUGUAACUUACUAUCCUCAAGUUCCAGAAGUUCUUCAGAAUCUACAUUCUCAGGGUUACCAACUGGGCAUAGCAUCUCGGACAAGCUGUCGACAAGAAGCCAAUGAACUCAUCCAUUUGUUUAAAUGGGACCGCUUUUUUCACUUUAGGGAAAUAUUUCCUGGCUCCAAGACCACACAUUUUAGGAAAUUGCAAAAGAGUUCUGGUUUUGAAUAUGAAGACAUGAUUUUCUUUGAUGAUGAGCACAGAAAUGUUGUUGAGGUUGAACAACUAGGAGUUUUGUGCAUAUUCGUGGAGGAUGGGGUAACAAAAUCAUUAGUACAAAAUGCCCUAGAACAAUUUGCAAACAAAAGAAAAAUGUCAUCAAAGCAUAAGGAGUUUUGACGACUGGCUAUUAGUUAAUGAACUCUUUGCUGUUUUGGUUACUAAAAUGACAUAACAGCAGUCCAGUUGCCGGAUUACAUGACAUGAUUACACCUGUAUUGUUGUUCGAUGUAGAAAGUUUUAAAUUAGAUUAAAAGUGGCAAGAAUUCGGAUGAUCAUCCAUCUUGUGUCUAAUGUGCAAGUAUUAAACAAUGAAACAAUUC